CGUGUCAAAGAAAGGCAAUGUGUUCUAGGGUGUUCAGUAUAAAUUCUUGCAUCAUUAUAUUGCAGUAUAUUAUGCAACGUUGAUUUUGAAGGAAUUGUGACAUAGUAAAUCAAAACAUUGAACGUGUAAAGGUGUAUGUGUUAUAUUCUGUCUUUCGUAAUAAUUCUUAACCUGCACUGAAUUGUAGUGAACACGUUUUUUGCUUUUUUAUGAUCUGGAGUUUGAUUCUAGUACUACUAUUUCCAUUAACCUGGACUAACAAAGUUGAUGAAAAACUUUUGCCAACGGAGGAACGAAUAGAUAUUACAUGGAGUUUAAAGGGACAAACUGGGGUUAAUAUUACCUUUCAACAUGUAUAUCCUAUGCCGAGAUGUGAAUUACUUCAUAACAAAAAUCUCAUUUCAACGACAUACAGGAGUGAUAACCAUAUGAUAGACAUUUUCUACAAAAAUGCAAGUAUAUCGUUAAUCAACAAUUCAAAAAUAUGCGGAGGGAACAUAGAACUUAGAUGUACAUUGAUGGGUUUACGGAUGCUAGUUAGCAGAAAACAUGUUUUACCAGCAUGUAAUGACAAACAUUUCGAAAUUACCACUUUGAGUAACACGCAUGAACCUGUACUUGUUCCCUUGUGUAUUGCUGUUUCUGGCUUUGUAACUACAUGUAUUGUAGCAGCUGUAUGUUUGAUUCGUGGUAAAAGAAAAGCAUUGCUAAAACCGGAACAUGAAGAAAACAACCAGAUCCUGUUGAAUUCACUACCACUGUGACAGUAAUUUAAAAAAAUCAAGAUCUGCAUGCUUCAGGAUUUUCAUCGAUAUCAAUUUAGGCAUUACGUUUCGAUUAAAUCAAAGUAGUCUCCUAAGUCAGGAACAUGAUGUUCAGUGAUUGUCGUUUGUUGAUGUGGUUCAUAAGUGUUUCUCGUUUCUCGUUUUUUAUAUAGAUUAGACCGUUGGUUUUCCUGUUUGAAUGGUUUUACACUAGUCAUUUUUGGGGCCCUUUAUAGCUUGCUGUUCGGUGUGAGCCAAGGCUCCGUGUUGAAGGCCGUACUUUGAACAAUAAUGGUUUACUAUACAAAUUAGGACUUGGAUGUAGAGUUGUCUCAUUGGCACUCAUACCACAUCUUCUUAUAUCUAUUCAAUAGUAAAAAUAGACGUUUUACUAUGUUCACAUGCUUUAUUUUACCAAACUUCAGACCAAAUGUGAUCUCUUCUUUCUUCUACCUGACUUUCUCUACUUAUGUAAAAAUUAGAACAUGUUUUCAAAAUGAGAAUGGUCUGUUAUAGAAAUGCCUAGUUUAACUUAAUAUUGAUUUACAUUACAUGUAUAUGUACAAUGAAGUAAAACUAAUAUGCUACACAAACACUUACGAUUACAUUUGUUAUAAUGUUACAUUCUUAAGAUUUGUGAAUAUUCUAUUGUUUAACCUACAAAUCAAGUAUGUUCACUGCCUCUGUGUUUCUAUAGUUGCCUGCUAGCCGUAGGCAGGAGGUUAUGCAAAUGAUGUCGAUCCUAGACCGGUCAAACUAAAUAUGUAACUUCUACAGUGAGCGCGGACAAUUUAGUAGUAAAAAAAUAAUAGUAGCGGCUCGCGGUCAGAAUAGUGUGUGAGGUUACUUUAUCCAAUGUGGACUGUGACGAAAAAGCACAUUCAAAUACUUUUAAUGUAAAUAUUUGUAUUACUAAUAGAAAGAAAGCGAAAUUGAUAUACGCGUUUGGAACAUAUGCGUGUUAUAUGCGCUGCUGAACUCUGAUGCGAAGGAAAGGGUAGACACAUUGCAAGUAAAAUGCAUGUAGUGUAUUAAUCGAAUACAAGGAUGUCAUGAAAAUAAGGAGAGAUGAAUCGAGUAGAGGGUUUGACAUGUUUCUCUAUAAAUACGGAACUUCUUCUUUUUUCUGUAAUAGCAAAGCAAGAAGAAAUACAGGCUGCAAUUAAGCUCAACUAUACUCAUACGACUAUUUGUUUGGUGCUGGUCUUGUGUGCAGGACGGACACGUGCAUGUUUCUGGUACUAUUCAAUUUCAUCCUACACGACGCCAACUAAUAUUAAAAACGGAUAUACAAAUAAUGUUUUGCUUUAUUUGUACUUUAACUAUAACAAAUAAAAUCUCGUGUAUAACAGUGUUCGAAUUUGAACAAACUGUAAUGUUAA